CCUUGUGUUCGGGGUUAUUAUCUUGAGAUCCAUGAUGGCAUUAAUCAGUCUGCCAAUGUUCUUGGAAUGUUCUGUGGAGAUCACAAAACCGCUGUAGUGCGAUCCAGAGGACGAUACAUAUGGUUAAGAUUUUUCCCCGCUAGGAGGUUUGGUUUUAGAGCAUACUACAGGGCAAGAUCCUUCAAUCAAACAGCAACACUCACAAUGAAAGAAGUACCCAAGACGCAGUCUAUACUUUUGAACAGAACUUCCAGCCUGUGGUGCCCAGUGGAAGGUGCCCCAGCUCCAUACAUUAUGUGGAGAAAAAAUGGUGUUGUUGUACAAAAUAGCACCAGUAUAAAAUAUCAGCUUCUUGAAACUGCCGAAAAUAAUGCAAAUUACAGCUGUGAGGUACGAAGAGGUGAAAAGAUAUCAUGGAGAGAAAUCAGCCUCAACGUUGAAAAGUGCCCAGGCCCCUGUGAGUGCAGCAUUUUAAAGGGAACAAAUAACAAGCUGCUUCGAGUAAACUGCGAAGGGAAAGAAUUAAUGUCAUUUCCAUGGAAAAUUCCGCUCGCAACAGCAGGCUUAGACUUGAGUAACAACAAGCUGAACUACUUCUCAUCGGAUGUUUUUAGGAGCAAUACCCAUCUGAGGCUGCUGGAGUUGAACAACAACCAGUUGAAGAAUUUACCAUCAGGCAUUUUCAGUAACAAUACCCAGCUGAGAGGGCU